UUCUGUGUGGUUCUCCACCCCCACCCCCCAGCAGAGUGGAGGAGUUGAUGUGUCUCAUUAUAACAGCCAAUGCAGCCGCCAUCCACGCACAAGCAAAGAAGCAUGUCCCAUUUAAAUACACCCACGCAGCCCCAGCGCCCUUAGCUGAGCAGGGCGCGCAGCCCACACGCACCGCGGCUCCGGGCUUGGAGAUCAGCGCAGGUUGGGCUCCCUGACCCGGAGGACCGACGCUCGGGGGAUCGGGAUCGGGUGCUGCGGGGCCGGGGUGGGCUGGGGAGGCUGGGCCCGGGGCCUCUGGCGCGACACCCGCAUGAGGACGCGAGUAAAAUAGACCAAGGUGGAAUUUCCAAGGGAGAAGCUUCAGGGUGGUUUUGGACCAUUUCUCCCGCGAAGAAGUAGACAUGGCGAGCGACUCCCCGGCUCGUAGCCUGGAUGAAAUCGAUCUCUCGGCUCUGAGGGACCCUGCAGGGAUUUUUGAAUUAGUGGAACUUGUUGGAAAUGGAACAUAUGGACAAGUUUAUAAGGGUCGUCAUGUUAAAACGGGCCAGCUUGCAGCCAUUAAGGUUAUGGAUGUCACAGGGGAUGAAGAGGAAGAAAUCAAACAAGAAAUUAACAUGUUGAAGAAGUAUUCUCAUCACCGGAAUAUUGCUACAUACUAUGGUGCUUUUAUCAAAAAGAACCCACCAGGCAUGGAUGACCAACUUUGGUUGGUGAUGGAGUUUUGUGGUGCUGGCUCUGUCACUGACCUGAUCAAGAACACAAAAGGUAACACGUUGAAGGAAGAGUGGAUCGCGUACAUCUGCAGGGAGAUCUUACGAGGGCUGAGUCAUCUGCACCAGCAUAAAGUGAUUCAUCGAGAUAUUAAAGGGCAGAAUGUCUUGCUGACUGAGAACGCAGAAGUUAAACUAGUGGACUUUGGAGUCAGUGCCCAGCUUGAUCGAACAGUGGGCAGGAGAAAUACCUUCAUUGGGACCCCUUAUUGGAUGGCACCAGAAGUUAUUGCCUGUGAUGAAAACCCAGAUGCCACAUAUGAUUUCAAGAGUGACUUGUGGUCUUUGGGAAUCACUGCUAUCGAGAUGGCAGAAGGCGCUCCCCCUCUCUGUGACAUGCACCCCAUGAGAGCCCUCUUCCUCAUUCCCCGGAACCCAGCACCUCGCCUGAAGUCUAAGAAGUGGUCAAAAAAAUUCCAGUCAUUUAUUGAGAGCUGCUUGGUAAAGAAUCACAGCCAGCGACCAGCAACAGAACAAUUGAUGAAGCAUCCAUUUAUACGAGACCAACCUAAUGAACGACAGGUCCGCAUUCAACUCAAGGACCAUAUUGACAGAACAAAGAAAAAGCGAGGAGAAAAAGAUGAGACAGAGUAUGAGUACAGCGGAAGUGAGGAAGAAGAGGAGGAGAAUGACUCAGGAGAGCCCAGCUCCAUUCUGAACCUGCCAGGGGAGUCCACACUACGGCGGGACUUCCUGAGGCUCCAGCUGGCCAACAAGGAGCGUUCGGAGGCCCUGCGGCGGCAGCAGCUGGAACAGCAGCAGCGGGAGAACGAGGAACACAAGAGGCAGCUGCUGGCCGAGCGCCAGAAGCGCAUAGAGGAGCAGAAGGAGCAGCGGCGGCGGCUGGAGGAGCAACAACGGCGAGAGAAGGAGCUGCGGAAGCAGCAAGAGAGAGAGCAGCGCCGGCACUACGAGGAGCAGAUGCGCCGGGAGGAGGAGAGGCGGCGCGCGGAGCACGAGCAGGAGUACAUCAGGCGACAGUUAGAGGAGGAGCAGAGACAGUUAGAGAUCUUGCAACAGCAGCUACUGCAUGAACAAGCUCUACUUCUGGAAUAUAAGCGCAAACAAUUGGAAGAACAGAGACAAGCAGAAAGACUACAGAGACAGCUGAAGCAAGAGAGAGACUACUUGGUGUCUCUCCAGCACCAGCGGCAGGAGCAGAGGCCUGUGGAGAAGAAGCCACUGUACCAUUACAAAGAAGGGAUGAGUCCUAGUGAGAAACCAGCAUGGGCCAAGGAGGUAGAAGAGCGGUCAAGGCUCAACCGGCAGAGUUCACCUGCCAUGCCUCACAAGGUUGCCAACAGAAUAUCUGACCCCAACCUGCCUCCAAGGUCGGAGUCCUUCAGUAUCAGUGGGGUUCAGCCUGCUCGGACACCUCCCAUGCUCAGACCAGUCGAUCCCCAGAUUCCUCAUCUUGUAGCUGUGAAAUCCCAGGGACCUGCCUUGACCGCCUCCCAGUCAGUGCAUGAGCAGCCCACGAAGGGCCUCUCUGGGUUUCAGGAGGCUCUGAACGUGACCUCUCACCGUGUUGAGAUGCCACGCCAGAACUCGGAUCCCACCUCUGAAAACCCUCCUCUCCCCACCCGCAUUGAGAAGUUUGACCGAAGCUCUUGGUUACGACAGGAAGAAGACAUUCCACCAAAGGUGCCUCAAAGAACAACUUCUAUAUCCCCAGCAUUAGCCAGAAAGAAUUCUCCUGGAAAUGGUAGUGCUCUGGGACCCAGACUGGGAUCUCAACCCAUCAGAGCAAGCAACCCCGACCUCCGGAGAACGGAGCCUGUCUUGGAGAGCCCCUUGCAGAGGACCAGCAGUGGCAGUUCCUCCAGCUCCAGCACCCCCAGCUCCCAGCCCAGCUCCCAAGGAGGCUCUCAGCCUGGAUCGCAAGCGGGGUCCAGCGAGCGAACCAGAGUUCGAGCCAACAGUAAGUCGGAAGGAUCACCUGUGCUCCCCCAUGAGCCUUCCAAGGUGAAGCCAGAAGAAUCCAGGGACAUUACCCGACCUAGUCGACCAGCUAGCUAUAAGAAAGCUAUAGAUGAGGAUCUGACGGCAUUAGCCAAAGAAUUAAGAGAACUCCGGAUUGAAGAAACAAACCGCCCGCUGAAGAAGGUGACUGAUUACUCCUCCUCUAGCGAGGAGUCGGAAAGUAGUGAUGAAGAGGAGGAAGAUGGAGAGAGCGAGGCCCAUGACGGGACAGUGGCUGUCAGUGACAUACCCAGACUGAUACCAACAGGAGCCCCCGGGAGCACCGAGCAGUACAAUGUGGGAAUGGUCGGCACGCACGGGCUGGAGACUUCUCACGCAGACACUUUCAGCAGCAGUAUUUCAAGAGAAGGAACCUUGAUGAUAAGAGAGACGUCUGGAGAGAAGAAGCGGUCUGGCCACAGUGACAGCAAUGGCUUUGCCGGCCACAUCAACCUCCCAGACCUGGUGCAGCAGAGCCAUUCCCCGGCCGGGACACCAACUGAGGGCCUGGGACGCGUCUCCACCCAUCCGCAGGAGAUGGAGUCCGGGACUGAGUAUGGCAUGGGGAGCAGCACGAAGGCCUCCUUCACCCCCUUUGUGGACCCCAGAGUUUACCAGACAUCUCCCACCGAUGAAGAUGAAGAGGAUGAAGAAUCAUCAGCCGCGGCUCUGUUUACUAGCGAACUUCUUAGGCAAGAACAGGCCAAACUCAACGAAGCAAGAAAGAUUUCAGUGGUAAAUGUAAACCCAACCAACAUUCGACCUCACAGCGACACACCAGAAAUCAGAAAAUACAAGAAACGAUUCAACUCAGAAAUACUUUGUGCAGCUCUCUGGGGUGUAAACCUCCUGGUGGGAACAGAAAACGGCCUGAUGCUUUUGGACCGAAGCGGGCAAGGCAAAGUCUAUAAUCUGAUCAACCGGAGGCGAUUUCAGCAGAUGGACGUGCUAGAAGGACUGAAUGUCCUGGUGACGAUAUCAGGAAAAAAGAAUAAGCUACGAGUUUACUAUCUUUCAUGGCUAAGAAACAGAAUACUACACAACGACCCAGAAGUAGAAAAGAAACAAGGCUGGAUCACAGUUGGGGACUUGGAAGGCUGCAUACAUUACAAAGUUGUUAAAUAUGAAAGGAUUAAAUUCCUAGUGAUUGCCUUAAAGAAUGCUGUGGAGAUAUAUGCUUGGGCUCCGAAACCGUAUCAUAAGUUCAUGGCAUUUAAGUCUUUUGCAGAUCUCCAGCACAAGCCACUGCUUGUUGAUCUCACGGUAGAAGAAGGUCAAAGAUUAAAGGUUAUUUUUGGUUCACACACUGGUUUCCAUGUAAUUGAUGUUGAUUCAGGAAACUCUUAUGAUAUCUACAUCCCAUCUCAUAUUCAGGGCAAUAUCACUCCUCAUGCCAUUGUCAUCUUGCCUAAAACAGAUGGAAUGGAAAUGCUUGUUUGCUAUGAGGAUGAGGGGGUGUAUGUAAACACCUAUGGCCGGAUAACUAAGGAUGUGGUGCUCCAAUGGGGAGAAAUGCCCACGUCUGUGGCCUACAUUCAUUCCAAUCAGAUAAUGGGCUGGGGCGAGAAAGCUAUUGAGAUCCGGUCAGUGGAAACAGGACAUUUGGAUGGAGUAUUUAUGCAUAAGCGAGCUCAAAGGUUAAAGUUUCUAUGUGAAAGAAAUGAUAAGGUAUUUUUUGCAUCCGUGCGAUCUGGAGGAAGUAGCCAAGUGUUUUUCAUGACCCUCAACAGAAAUUCCAUGAUGAACUGGUAACAGAAGAGCACUUGGCACUUAUCUUCAUGGCGUUAUUUCUAAUUAAAAAGAACAUAACUCAUGUGGACUUAUGCCAGUCUAGAGGCAGAAUCAGAAGGCUUGGUUGAACAUCCCGCUUUCCCCUUUUCCUCUCUCUCCGCCCGUCCCAGUACAGCCCACAGUCCAUCUUUCAGUGUUGCAGCCUGGUUGAGAAGGAGAGAAAAAGGUGGCAGGAAUUUCCAGGAGAUCCCCAAGAAUGCUGCGUUGUCUGUGGACAGAGAUGGACCAUGGUGCCCUUCGGAGUUAGGGAUAGAAACAAAUAUUGUGUGCUCUUAUGAUUCAGCUGUGUUAUGGUGGAUUUUGAGUUUUGUUUUGUUUUGUUUUGUUACCUUUUUUCUUUACCCCCUUACUUUGUAAGAAUGGGGAGAGAAUGCAUACCGAGAAAACGAGUCUGUUUUUUAAUUCCUUCUGCCUGCUAGCUUUAAGUAUACGAGAUGUUGUAAAAUUUCCAAUUUCAAAUGGUGAGAGACAGCACAAUAAAUGUACCUUAUCUCCUUACACUGAAGGCCAUAAUUGCAUAGUGGGGUAAUUUUAGAACUCUUUUGCCUUCACCAACCCAAAAGAUUGCUUUUUGAUAGCAACUGGCUAAUGAAUUUUUAAGAGAAGAAAAAUACUAGUUUUCUCCUCUUUGGGGAAAUAGAUUUUAAAUGGCUAAACUACUAGCCUUAGACUAAUAAAAUCAACUACCAUUUUUGUGAGUCUGACAGGUCCUGUUUUUAUAUGGCCCUGUACAGAAUGGAAUGUGUGGAAUAGGAUAGUAGUGCCAUUGAGUCGAGUUGGCUCUAACGAUUGAGGGACUCCGUAACACAACUUUCCCUCAGCUAUUAUGCAACAGAUCAGGGCAAAAGAUGGGAUGACUGUUGGGGUCAGACAAAAAGAGCUUCUGGGAAACAAGCUAAAAAAAUGUGUGUAUAUAUAUAUAUGUAUAUAUAUAUGUAUGUAUGUAUAUACACACACACAUAUAUAUAUACAUAUAUAUAUAUAUAUAUACACAUUCUUUUUUUUAAUGCAUAAAGCCUCCAGCUAAGAGGUCAUUUGCUUUGGGCUUCAUUAGGAGGGAGACUUUGUCGAGUUCUUUCUGGGAAUUGGGGAGUGAAUGACAUCCAAGCCCUGGUCAUUCCCAGCUUUCUCCUGAGGGUGCCACUUUCUGAAAAUGAAAACUAUGACUGAAAAAAAAUAAUAACAAUAAAUGUUUCUGAGCUGCCUGUGUUCUCUCUGGGUUGGUGAGAGAAGGGACAAGACUACCAAGCCUGCCUGAGACACAGCGGGCACCAUUGGUUCAGAGUUGAUAGAACUUAAAAACAAGGCUUUGGCCAAAUUUCUGAGACCCUAAUCAUUUUACCUUCCUCCAAAUUACCCAACAUACGGUAAACAACAUUUGUGCAGAGAUAUGUAUGUAUUUAGUUCAGGUUGACUUGUGUCCUUAUAAACUCUUACUCGGAUGAUUUGAACUUUUACGUGACUGUCUGGGUUUUUUUUUUUCCAAAGCUACAAGCAUGGCCGCCUGUGGUAUCGAGGUGUUGCAAAACGAUCUGUGUUGCGCUUCCUGUUUUAACCUACCUCGUUUUGUUUGUUUUGUUUCACUGUUCAUCACAGCAGUGUUAUCUCCAGGAGACAUAUAGAGAGCUCAACUGGCAAUCUCAGGUGUAUUUAAUAUUUUUUUAAACAAAACAGUAGUUGACCAAAUUGUUCUUCUGGAAAAAUUAAAAAAAAAAAAAAAAUCCAACAACAACAAAAACAAAUGUGGCUUAUUUCUGAAGAAAACAAUUAAUGUAAACAGAUUUUCUUUUUAAAGUCUGUGAUCCUACUGAUUUUGCCUAAAUACAUUAGCAGCUGAUGUACUAUUAAUGAGAACGAAAUACACGUUAGGAAAAUGGAGCCAUCUCAAUCUGGUGGUUUAGGCAAACAGGGUAAGGGCAUGGGGAAUUAUUCCAGUUUCUGAAGUAAAUGAUUCUUCCCCUCCUGUAAAGGUGGUUAUCAUUUGCAUUUAUUCUAAACAGGUAACACACAAGAAUGGAAUUGAGGAUUAUCUUCAGGUGAUCACCAAGAUGUCCUCACCAUGGUCCCUUUAGCUCUCAAAAGCAAUGAAAUCCCCCCUGUUCUCAUUUUUACUGCUGUGGUUCUGCUGCUGAACAAUCUAUCUUCACAAAUUCCAUGCAACAAAUUCAGCAAUAACUUUGUGGAUUGAAUUUAACAACUACUGUAAUUGGAUGCCAACAUGGACAAAAUAUAUUGAUUUGGGUCUCACCCCCAAAUGCGAUUGCCACCAGCUCUUUAUAUUGCUGCUGUGGUAUUUUGAACCAGAAGCUUCUUUAAAUUAUGUUGCAAACUGAUCUUUGUUUUUAUGUUAUGUUUUGUUUUUAUUUCUAAGUGAUGAGUUUGAAACACACAGCUUUAAAUGAUUUUUUUAUUGUGGGAUUUUGGGUACAGUUAAGAAAUAAAAGGGAAUCAUUGUGUUUAAACAUAAGGUAGUUUGUGAAUGUAUUUUUUAAAAUCUAGAGUCAUUGAAACAAAAACUCAUAAAACAAUAUUAAUGCAGUCUUGUUUACAGUAUGUACAGUGACAUAACAUAGAACAUGAGCUUUUUCUGGUGCCAACAACAAUAAAACACAGACGUUAAACAUCAA